AUGGCGUGGCAGGUGAGCGUGCCCGAGCUGGAGGACCGCCUGCAGUGCCCCAUGUGCCUGGAGGUCUUCAAGGAGCCCCUGAUGCUGCAGUGCGGCCACUCCUACUGCAAGGGCUGCCUGGUGGCCCUGUCCCGCCACCUGGCCUCGGAGCUGCGCUGCCCCGUGUGCCGGCGGGAGGUGGACUACAGCAGCUCCCCGCCCAACGUCUCCCUGGCCAAGGUGAUUGAAGCCCUGCAGCUCCCCGGGGACCCGGAGCCCCAGGUGUGCGUGCACCACCGGAACCCCCUCAGCCUCUUCUGCGAGAAGGACCAGGAGCUCAUCUGUGGCCUCUGUGGCCUGCUGGGCGCCCACCAGCACCACCGGGUCACGCCCGUCUCCACCGUCUACAGCCGCAUGAAGGAGGAGCUAGCAGCCCUCAUCUCCGACCUGAAGCAGGAGCAGAAGAAGGUGGAUGAGCAAAUGGCCAAACUGGUGAACAACAGGACUCGGAUUGUGAACGAGUCCGAUGUUUUCAGCUGGGUGAUCCGGCGUGAGUUCCAGGAGCUCCACCACCUGGUGGAUGAGGAGAAGGCCCGCUGCCUGGAGGGGGUGGAGGGCCACACCCGCGGCCUUGUGGCCUCCCUGGACAUGCAGCUGGAGCAGGCCCGGGGCACUCGGGAGCGGCUGGUCCAGGCCGCGAGUGUGCUGGAGCAGUUUGGCAAUGAGAGUCACCAUGAGUUCAUCCGGAAGUACCACGCCAUGGCCUCCAGCCCAGAGCUCCAGCAGGCCCGACUCUCAGAAGGUGCCUUCAGCCCCAUCUCCUUCAAGCCAGGCCUGCACCAGGCUGACAUCAAGCUGACGGUGUGGAAAAGGCUUUUCCGAAAGGUUCUGCCAGCCCCGGAGUCCCUCAAGCUGGACCCGGCCACGGCCCACCCGCUCCUGGAGCUCUCCAAGGGCAACACGGUGGUGCAGUGUGGGCUCCUGGCCCGGCGGCGCGCCAGCCAGCCCGAGCGCUUCGACUACAGCACAUGUGUCCUGGCCAGCAGGGGCUUCUCCUGUGGCCGCCACUACUGGGAGGUGGCAGUGGGCAGCAAGAGCGACUGGCGCCUGGGGGUCAUUAAGGGCACGGCCAGCCGCAAGGGCAAGCUGAGCAAGUCCCCGGAGCACGGCGUGUGGCUCAUCGGCCUGAAGGAGGGCCGCGUGUACGAGGCCUUCAGCUGCCCCCGGGUGCCCCUGCCCGUGGCGGGCCACCCCCACCGCAUCGGCGUUUACCUGCACUAUGAGCAGGGGGAGCUCACCUUCUUCGACGCCGACCGCCCUGACGACCUGCGGCCACUCUACUCGUUCCAGGCCGACUUCCAGGGCAAGCUGUACCCCAUCCUGGACACGUGCUGGCAUGAGAGGGGCAGCAACUCCCUGCCUAUGGUGCUGCCGCCACCCAGUGGGCCUGGCCAGCUCUCCCCACUGCAGCCCACCAAGCUGUAG